UCCAGGCGCCGCCAUGCCCGGGGAUCACCGCCGCAUCCGCGGGCCGGAGGAGUCGCAGCCGCCGCAGCUGUACGCGGCCGACGAGGACGAGGCGCCCGCCGCCCGCGACCCGACGCGACUGCGGCCCGUGUACGCGCGCGCCGGGCUGCUGAGCCAGGCCAAGGGCUCCGCCUACCUGGAAGCGGGAGGCACCAAGGUGCUGUGCGCCGUGUCUGGCCCGCGCCAGGUUGAGGGCGGCGACCGCGGCGGCGGCCCUGCGGGUGGGGGCGGCGAGGCCCCGGCUGCGCUGCGCGGCCGCCUGCUCUGCGACUUCCGCCGCGCGCCUUUCGCGGGCCGCCGGCGCCGCGCGCCGCCCGGAGGCGGUGAGGAGCGCGAGCUGGCGUUGGCCCUGCAGGAGGCGCUCGAGCCGGCCGUGCGCCUGGGCCGCUACCCACGCGCGCAGCUCGAGGUGUCCGCGCUGCUGCUCGAGGAUGGCGGCUCGGCUCUCGCUGCCGCGCUCACAGCCGCCGCACUCGCCCUGGCCGACGCGGGCGUCGAGAUGUACGACCUGGUGGUGGGCUGCGGCCUGAGCCGUGCGCCGGGGCCCGCGCCUACCUGGCUGCUGGACCCCACGCGGCUGGAGGAGGAGCGCGCCACCGCCGGCCUCACCGUGGCGCUCAUGCCCGUGCUCAACCAGGUGGCUGGGCUGCUGGGCAGCGGGGAGGGCGGCCCGACCGAGAGCUGGGCCGAAGCCGUGCGCCUGGGCCUCGAGGGCUGCCAGCGCCUCUACCCUGUGCUGCAUCAGUGUCUGACAAGGGCCGCCCGCCGCAGGGGCGCCGCCGCGCCGUCCUGAACCACGACGGACGCCGAGGACCGAGCUGCCGCCGAUCUGAAAGGACCCUGCGGUGGGCUUCCACAC